UGCUCCAAUAACUCUAUUAAAAAUUCAGCAAGUAACUUCUUUUGAACAUUGAAAAAGACUCAAAAAUUCAAUUAUUAUGGACUAGAUGGGGUAUUGUCUAACCUUGGCAUUACCAUAAGGGCAUUUGAGAAAUUUGAGCCAAAGCCAAGGGUAAACUCUCCUAUUCCCAUCUAUAUAUUAGAAGCCCUUGGAUCAAUCCAUCUCAUUCCACAACAUUUUUCCAUAGCAAAGCCAAAAAUCAAUUUUACUUUUCCAGUGCCAAAAAAGAUGUCUCUAGUGACAGAUGAGAUCAGGGCCAGUGCAACUGAAUUCUACACUGGAAAUGAUAUGUGCCAAGUGAAAUCAAAGUUCUUGUUAACAGAAAUGGGGCUCCCUAAUGGCCUACUUCCUAUGCAAGACAUGUUAGAAUGUGGCUAUGUCGAGGACACAGGCUUUGUUUGGCUCAAAUCCAAGAAAAAGACACAACACAAGUUUGAAAAAAUUGAGAGAUCAGUCCAAUAUGCAACUGAAGUGACAGCCUAUGUUGAGCCCAACAAGAUCAAGAAACUUACUGGGGUUAAAGCUAAAGAGCUUCUUAUGUGGCUAACACUUACUGAAAUCUGUGUUGAUGAUCCACCAACUGGCAAAAUCCAUUUCAAGACUGCUACUGGACUUUCUAGGACUUUUCCUGUUUCAGCUUUUGAACUUGAUGAGCCCAAGAAGGAAGUCGAAGAGGAAGUGAAAGAUGAAGUAAAAGAAGAAGUGAAAGAAGUGAGUGCUGCUGUUGUUGCUCCACUGGAAGUGAAAGAGGCGUAAGAAAAGAAUUGUUUAGUUUGCUUAAUAUAAUUAGUCUAAUCUUUGCUUGUUAUUGAGAAAGAAAUUAAAGCAAAGUUUUAUUUUGAUCAUAAAGUUGAGGAUGAUGAUCGAUAUAUAUAUCAUCUAUCCGUCUUGAUGUACUCAUGAUCAAGUGGCAAAUUAUGUUAUAUCUUCUUUGAAUAUUGUGAUACUAUAAAUAAACUUAAUACUAUAAACCAA